AUGGAAUAUAUAUUUAAAUUUUAUAAACAUAAGCACUUAAUGCUUUUAAAAGAUAAAUUACAAACCAUUGAAAAGUAUAUUGUAUAUUCAUUAAAUAAUAUUAAUGAAAAAGAAGAUAUAGAAAAUAAAAAAGAAGAGGAAAAAAAAAAAGAAAAACAAUUAAUUAACUACUCUUCUAAUUUUUCUAAACAGAUUUAUUAUGAAAUAAUAAAUAUAAUACAAUAUUCAUCUAUAUGUAUCACCAUUUUUGGAAAAAAAAAAGACAAUGAUGAAAAAGAAGAAAAUAUUCUAGGAAUAACUUCACUUGACUACGAAUUGUCUUUAAAUAAUGUUCAUGAUAAUAAAAAUAAAAAUUUUGAUUUAUUAGAAUUCUAUUACUCACUGUCAUUGCAUAUAAAAAGUUAUAAUAUUUUAUCAAACUUAAAUUGUAGUAAUACUUUAAUAAUAAAUUUAAUAUUAAGUAAAAAUGAAAAAUAUUAUAACAGCUUGUUUUACUAUCUAUUUCAUUCUUUUGAAGAUUUAGUUUUCAUUCUAAUAUUUUUAAAAGAAGACUGUAAAUUAAUAAAUGAGAAAUUUCAAAAUGGAUUAAUAAUAGAUGUUAAAAACUUCUUAAAUACUAAAAUUCCAUUUGAAAAAAUUGUUUUAUUAAAUAAAUAUUCGUUUGUUAAUAAAAUUUCUUUGAGACCAACUUGUAGUAGUGAUAUAUAUGAUUUACAUGAAUUGUUUAAGAAAUAUUCUCACAAUAAUUUAGAAGAAACUAAUCAAUACUUUAUUUAUGAUAUCAUUGAGAAAAAAACAGACGAUGAUAUAUUAAUUACAAUUUUAAAUAGUAAAAAAAAAAUAAUAGGAUUCAUAUCCUUAAAAAAAAAUAUUGAUAUAAAUAUCUUAGUUAACUUAUAUAACUUAAAAGAUUAUAAUUAUUUAAUCAAAAAUGAUUUUUUCGCUGAUAUAUCCACAUCACUAAAAUCAUAUAAAAAUGGAAACAAAAAUUUGAAUAAAAAAAAAAAAAAAUAUUUGUAUAUAGAAUUUAAACAAUUUAUUUUAAAGAAAAUAAAAAUAGAAUCAUUAGAUGAUUUAGAAAAGAGAUAUGAAGUUAAUAAGACAAUUAUUUAUGAAUAUUUAAAUGAGCGACUAAUUGAAAAUGUAGAAAUAUACGCUGAUUAUUUUAUUAAGAGAAAUUUAGAUACCAAAAUCAUAAUAAAAAAUAUUUAUAAUAAAUUACAAUAUGAUUAUGAAAAUUACAGAAAAAAUUCAGAUGCUGAUAAUAUUAAUUUUUUUCUUUUAAAUAAAUUAAUCAAUUUAUAUGCUAACAUAAGUUAUUCAGAUAUUGUAAAAGUUAGUGAAAAAUUCUAUAAUAAUUUCGAUAAAAUUGAAAAAUUAUAUUUUAAUUUUAAUAAUGAUAAAACAUAUAAAAAAAUAUAUCAAAAGAUAAAAAAAAAAAAAGAAGGAAUAAAAAGUGAUGAUGGUUCCGAAAAUAAUAGUAGCAAAAUAAAUAUUAUAAAAUUUAAUCAUGAAAUCAGUGUUAAAAAAACUGAAAAGAAUUUGAAGGAAGUUAUAAAUUUGUCUUAUUAUGAUGUUUUCCUUUUAUUACAAAAUAUUUAUCCUGAGAUUUUUAAAAAAAAUGAGAUAAUAUUAUUAUUUUUGUUCCUUGAUCUAUAUGAAUUAAUUAUAAUAGAUGAAACAACGAUAUUUGAUUGUGUUUCGUUUAAAUUAUUUCUAGAUGAGCUAAUAAAUAUAAAAAAAAAUUAUUUUAUAUGUAAAUAUAAGCACAUUAAUUGGUUAAUUAAUCUAAGAAAUAGUGAUAAAAAUGCUUUUUCCUUAAAUUUAUUUAUUUUAAACGAUAAAUAUUAUAAUCACUGCAAAGAUAUUUUAUUAAGAAUAGAAAAAUAUUACGAUGAAGUUGACUACAUUAUCGCAACAAAUAAUGAAAGAGGAAAUAUACCUUUUAUACUAAAUUAUUUUAAUAGAGUUAAAAAAAAGAGAAAAGCAAACACAUUAGAAUCAUUAUAUAUAUUAAAUAAAUACACUUUAUUUCUCUCACCUUUAACUGACUAUAUGAAAUUAAAUGACAUAGAUGAUGUUCAAAAAUUAUUAGAAAAUAUAAAUCAUAAAGAAAAAUAUAAAAUUAAUGAAAUUAUAUUAUCUCUUAAAGAAUACUGUAAAAAUAGAACUCAAAAUAGUAACACACUUCAAACAUCAAAUAACCUGUUCUUAGAAUUAGAAUUUUAUAAUUUAAUUAAUUAUUACAUAUUUGUUAGCAAAUGUGGAGACAGGAUAAUUAAUAUAACAUCAGGGUCUAUUAUAAAUAAUAUUGAUUUUUAUUAUAAAUUGAAAAUUUUUGAUUUUAAAAAUAUUAUUUUACAAAAUAACAAUGAGAAUACGAAACACUUUCUCCUUUUCUUUUUCUCUUCUAUAAUUAUUUUCAAAUAUUAUGAUAAAAAAAUUAUUCAUAACAUUUUAGUUCUAACAAAUUCUUGCUCUUGUCAUAUAUCAUUAAAUGAGAAUUUAUAUAGAGAUGUUUACAAUCACUUUAAAUUUUUGAAUAGAAAAGAUAAUAGCGUAAGCAUAUACAAAAAAGCAAGUAUAUAUGAAGAAGAGUCAGACAAUAAUAAAAUAGUUGAAAAAGAGAAAGAAAAUAAUACGAAAUAUUUAAUAUUAACUAAACAAAUGUGCUUUAAAAAAUGUAUUAACAUAGAUAAUAAUAUAGUAUUUUGGGGAAUAAAUGAUGUUUGCUUAAGUAUACUUUAUAAAAUGUUAGUUAAUAAUGAAUAUUUUUUUAAUAAUAUAAUUUUAAUAACAUCAUAUAAAAAUAAAUAUCUUCAUGAAAAGAAAACAGAAGAAAAUAAUUCAUUAAAAUAUUUUAGUCUUGAAAGUUCAAUUAUGUAUGAAAAAUUAAAAAAUAUAAUGAUAAAAGAAAGAAUAAAAAUAAUUUAUGAUAAUAUUUAUAACAUUGAUAGAGAAAAUAAAAAAAUUGAAUUAAAUAAUAAAAAUUUUAUUUAUUAUGAUUACUUAUUCAUAUGCUUUGAUAAAGAGGACAUUACUACUUAUUCCUUUAAUUUAAAUAGUUAUGGGUUAGGAAAAAAAAAAAAUUUUAAUUUUGUGGAAAAAAAUGAAGAUAAUGAAUACAAAAACGAAAAAUAUGAUUUUCUAGUUAAAGCUAAAGAUUACGAAAAAUAUGAGAAUAAUGAAAAUAUUGACAGUUAUUUUCACAAAAAAAAAAAAAAAAAAAAAAUUAAAACAGAACCUAAAAAUAAUUCAUCAAAGGAAGAAGAAUCAAAUACUUCUGUUAGUUGUAAAUCCUAUGAAUCUGACACAUAUGAAAAUAAAAAAACAAAAAAAAGUAUAUUAUGUUCUGUUGAUGAUGCUUAUAAUAAGGAUUAUUACAAAGGAGAGCCAAAAAAUAAAAAAGAAAUGGAGAAGACGUAUAAAUAUGAGAAACAAAAUGGUAAUUGUAAAAUAAAUUAUGAUAAUAAGAUAGAAGAAAAAAAAAUAGAAGAUACUAAUAUAGAUAUUCAUGAUUCAUCAAGCUAUACAACUUUAUCAUCCAGUUGUUUACCAACAACUGAAACAAGUGAUAUUGAAAAUGUUUCAUAUGAAGAAAAAAAAAAAAUUAACGAAAUAAAAGAUAAUCAAAGUAGCAAUAGUUCAGUUGUCCCAAGUCUUAUUAAAAAGAAAAGAGAAAAAGAAAAAGAAAACAUAACAUAUUUUCAUAAUGGAGACAAAAACUUAUCUAAUGAAAAGGAUGGCAACAUAAAUGUGAAUAGCAUUAAGAAAAUUUUAUCAGAUAAAUAUAGUGAAAUAAAUUCAAAAAGCAAAAUCUUAAAUAGAAUUAUUGAUGGGGUUUUUAGCAUUACUGAUCCUUUUCUUGAAAAACAUUUUGAUAAAAACAGUAAAUAUAUGAAUAUUGUAAAAAAUUGUGUUAAUUACAUUAUUCUUUAUAGUAAUAAUGUUGAUAUUUUAAAUAUGGUAAAUUUUUUUUUAAAAAAUAAUAUUAAAACAUAUAAAUUGAUAAUUAUUUUUCCAUAUGCAUGUAACAAAUGUGAUGAAAAAUAUAUGAAGGAAAAUAUAAAAGAAAAUAUUUUUAAUGAUAGAACAUAUUAUAAGAAUAAUGUUCAUUUAAAAAAUAAUUAUUUGUUUUUAGAUAAUAGUGAACAAAAAAAAUUUUACCACAAGAAUUUUAUUUUUGAUAAUAUUAAAUAUGUUUUAAAAAAAAUAUUUUAUUUAUUCCAUCUUUUGAAAAUUAGAAUCAUAUACGGAAAAAUAAUAGCUAUAAAAAAAAAUAAGAAGAAUCAUUUAAAGUAUAUUGUUGUGCAUUUAUGUAAACAUAAAAAAAUAGACAAAUCCAUUUCUAAAACUUAUAAAUUUAUAUGUAAAAAUUCCAUCUUGAUCCCAUGUAGAAUAUUAAUGUGUUCAUACAUAUUUGAUAUUAAUAACCAUUUGCAUUACAUUCUUAAUAAAUCAUCAAUUGUUUAUGAUGAAAAAAUUUAUGUCAAUGAUAAUUUUCAGACUAAUGAUAAAUAUAUUUUUAGUGCAGGUGAAUUGUGUUCUUUUUCUAAUAAGUAUAGAAUUAGCAAACAAAAUAUUUUAAAUCAUGAAUACUAUAGCAAUUAUGAGGUAGGGAAAUUAGUAAGCAAAAAAAUUUUAAAAAUAAUUAUUGAUGAGUGCUGUUUAUCUUAUAAUAUUUUUAAUUCAAAAAAUGAUAAAAUGAAAAAAGUAGUAAAAACAAAUGAUGAAUGGAAUGUAAAAGAGGAAAAGGAAAAAAACUAUAAGGAUAUAGAAAAUGUUCAUAAUAGCAUUGAACUUUAUAAAAAGUUAAAAAUAUUUGAAAUGCCUAUAGUUUGUUUUAAUUGCCUUCCAUGUAAUUUUUACUUCUAUCAUUUUCAAGCAUCAGUUGGUGAUUUAUAUAAAUAUUAUGAUUCAUCAAUAAUGGAAAAUAAAGAUGAUAAAAAAAAAAACCUUUCGGAAGAGAUAUAUAAUGUAGCAUUUUGUACAGAUACAUUAAAAAUAAGCAUAAAAGAAGAAAAAUAUUUAAAUGAUUGUUUUAAUGUUAAAUAUUUUGAAAUUUCAAAAAAUAUUGAUACUGAAGGUUAUUAUUGUAAAAUUACUACUAAUUCUUUUAAUUUAAUAAAUUCUUUCACUUAUUUAGGUUGUGAUAAAUUGAAUUUCCAUAAUUUGCACAAACUUUGUAAUAUGUCGAUAAAUUAUUUUUAUGUAAUUUUAAAAAAUAUAAAAAGUAACCCUCAUUACGAUAUUUUAAAUUUAUUAAAUGAAGAAAGAGAAAAAUCUAUUUUUCAUUAUAAGUUUCAAAGGUUUAAAGAAAAGUUAAAAAAUAAAUUCAUCCAAUUGCCUCAAAUAAAAGAAUCUGUAAAUUUGUUACUAAAGGAUAUAAAGGAUGUAGACUCUUUUAAGAAGUAUAUAAAAGAAGAACUCUUUAAUGAUUCUGAUAAUUUUUUGACAAAUACUAUUAAGAAAAAAGUGGAAACUUAUUUAGUUGAAUAUAUAAAAGAAAAUAACGAACUGUUAAAUGCAUAUUACUUACCUAAUUAA